UCGUCACGGUCGGGCAUGCAAGCCUGCAUGUGAAUAAAAAGGCUUAAAAGAUCAUUAAAGGGAUUUUGGAGAUUAUGGACCCCCACGUCCACCUCCGCCCCCCUCCCCCUCCUCCUCCGAGGGGCUCAGUCCUCUCAGCUGACUUGGCUUUGUUCGACACAUUGAAGGAGUUUCUAAAACUCCUUUGUAACCACUCGGCCACCUACAGAAGACUGGAGACGUGCAGGUUGAUGCCGCAAACACAGCCGAAAGGCCUCGGGAUGGAUGUUGUUUUUGAAACCCUAGUUAGAAGAUUGAAUUAAAUGUGUUAUCUUGAUCUGGAUACCCUACAAAGAGCUCUUUCACGAUGGAGGAUUCUAAGGCCGUAAACGUACCGCGUCUCCGCGGAGCUGCAGGAGCAAAACGUGAACAACGCUGAGAAAACGUUCCAUCGGAGCGGAUCUGAUGACGAUGUCACCGCCGACGUAUCCGGCGCAACGUCGGCCUCUUUGAGGACGGGGGGCACGGAGACGGGGACUAAAGAUGUCUGACCUCAGCCAAGUCGCAGUUUACUCUGACUCUUCGGAGCUCUAUAAGAACGUGUUCUGUAACCCUGCCUUUGAGCUGGAGGGGGAGCGAGAGGAGAGAGUGGAGGGAUUCAGGACCACCUCGUCCACCCCCGAACCAAUCAAACCGCCUGCCGCCGGCCGCGGCCUGUUCGGGGUCUGUGUGAUGCGCGGCCCGGCUUGUGGGUGGGUGGUGGUGGCGGCGGUCUGCGUCCUGUUAGCGGCCCUCGGACUGGCGCUGGCCCUCGUCCUCACGCAGAUGAAGGGCCGGGCGGUGGAGGACGCCUCGCUGUCCACAGGCUCCCCAGUCCGGCCGAAUGCAGGAGAUGGUGCGUCCCAGACUUUAUCCACCACCUCUGCCAGCAGAGGCCCACCAGAGAGUACAUCUGCCCCCCCGCCCACCGGGGCCCCAACACCCGAAACACGUGAGUGGUUUCCAGCUGUUCGUUUGAUCUUUUCCGCGAUUCCUCGUGCAGCUGAACCCCCCGGUAUCCCCUCUCUCUGGCUCUCAGGUUGUGGGGGGGUGCUGUUCGACUCGGAGGGCAGUUUCAGUUCCCCAAACCACCCCGGCUCCUACCCGCCGAACUUGCUGUGCGUGUGGGUGAUCCGGGUCGCGCCCCCCUCCCUGGUCCAGAUCCACGUGACCUCUCUGACCGUGGAGGGGCCGUCUCCCUGUCUGUUUGACUGGCUCGAGGUGCAGGAGCAGAUAGAGCAGAGCGCUGUGGUCACCAGGUUCUGCGGAAACGUUGCGCCACCGACCGUGAACACCAACAGCAGCGCGGUGCGGGUCACCUUUCGAUCCGACGGCAGCAUCGCAGGGAACGGCUUCACCGCGCAGUACCGGGCCGUGCGGCCCGCGCACAAGAGCUGCUCCAGAGAGGAGUUCAUGUGCGACGGCGGUCGCUGUCUGCUGCGCGCGUCCGUGUGCGACGGCCGCCCGAACUGCCGCGACCGCGCGGACGAGGCCAACUGCAGCCACAAGCGCAAAGACUGGGGAGGGCAGAAGACGGGGGCUUAGGGUUCAAUAUGGAGCCCAACCCACCCGGGCCUUUCCCCUCACAGCGAGCUGUGCGCGUGGUACAUCUCUGUUGAGGAGGGCCACGUGGUCACGCUGAGCUUCCAGAACUUCAGCCUGGAGACGCAGGACGUGUGCGAGUUCGACUACGUCGAGGUUCAGGACGGCGGCGAAGCUGGAGUCAGGAGAGUGAUGGGGAGGUUUUGCGGGACCACCUUCCCCCCAGACCUGACCUCCUCCGGCCCCCACAUGACGGUGGUGUUUAUGGCGGAUGAGGGAGUGGCCGACAGCGGCUUCAACGCUACAUACCGGGCGGUGUCCGUCCAGGACAAGACGUGUGGCCCCGGGCAGUUUGCCUGCAGCACCAGGGAGUGUCUCCCGCAGCACUGGCUGUGCGACGGAUGGAGCGACUGCCCCGACGGAGCGGACGAGCAGGCCUGCGGCAACUCCACCUACCCUCCCUUCACCUCAUCGUGCGAGUUCAUCGAGGUGGAGAUGUGUCAAGGCCUCAGCUACAACCUCACCUCAUUCCCCAACAUCUGGCUGUCCAUCGCCGACCAGAGAGAAGCUGCCACGCUCUUGCGACAGUACCGGGUGCUGAUGGAGCUGGCGUGCUUCGAGCCCCUGCGCAGGCUGCUGUGUGGGAUGUUUCUGCCCCAGUGCAGCCCUCAGGGGGGGGUCGUCCAGCCCUGCCGCUCCGUCUGCUCCUCGGCCGAGCAGCAGUGCAGCCAAGCCCUGGACCUCUUCUCCUUCAGCUGGCCCUUCAACUGCCACCUCCUGCCGGACUCCCAGGACCCCAUGGAGUGCUCGCUGCCCUGAUGUUGACAUUGACAGAAUCCCCCCCCGAGGAGUCUUUUCACACUAUUUCACAUCGGACUGGAAAGCGUUUUACAGAACUGAGAACUUGGUCUCAGGCCUCCAGGUCCUCAACAUUGACGAGUUGGGUUGCAGACAGCAGCGUUACCGGCAAGCUCAUUAAACACUGCUGCCUGUGAAGCUUUUGGUGCAUGCAGACAAUCAUUGAACGAUAGCCGUCCUAAAAUAAAAGAUUUAACGUACAGAAAUUUAAAAAAAAAUGGAUGUGUUUCGUGUGAUUCAGAGAUCAAACUCUGCCUCCCUUAGAAACCAGCUGUCUGCUUGCACCAUUUAUUACCUUGAUGUCAAUGAACAACACAGGGAGAAUAGCUUUAAAACGAUCUUUAUUGCAUUGUUCACCAACACACCAAACGAUGAUCUGCCGCCCAGUGUUUUUAAACAUUUGAUCCAGUGUGAGAACGGACAUGAGCUGAAUCUCACUGGAAACGAUGUCUCUGCACCUCGCUGAGCCCACAAAAAAAAUUAAAAAGCCUCAUAAGAGAA